AUGAAGUCAACAUCAGCCGAAUUCUAUACUCCUCAGCCCGGCUCUAGACUUCACUACGAGCUCAAAUAUGAAAUGGACCGGCUAAACCAAACCGUCGACCCGAACACCGUUCACAAGGCUACUUUCCUUUCCAGCUACUCUGCCCGGAGGGACUAUCUCGAGCGUGUAUUCUCGGAGAACCUCAAGCACAGAAUUCAAGAUGUUAUGGCAAUCAUCAACUUUCCAAGGCCCUGCAAGUUCGAUUAUAUGCCUAAUACCAUCAAUUUGCAUCUCGAAGAAUGGCUCGCCCUUGAGCUGCCGGACCCCCUGGAAGAGUAUCUCCCAAAAGAGCUCGACAAGGUGUACCAGUUUGUGCGCUUGACGGAGCAGUACAUGGAAGAUUAUCUCUCAAAAGCUUUAAGCUCAGACCUCGUCCACGCUUACCUGAAGCUACCUCACUGGUGCCAUCUCUCCUACGACGAGCAUCGAACCGUCGAGGUCAAGUCCCAAGACCGCGUCCACCUUAAUUCUCUCUCGAGUACGGAACGCGAUAGGCUAUUCCAGGCUUUUUUCUAUUAUCAACUUAACUGCCUGGCGAAACCGGUAAGACCUAGAUACUGGUCCCAUACUCGUGUUCCUGAGGAGCAGAGUUGGUGGUUGAUGCCUCAGUGGGGGACGAGCUACCGUCCUAGCAUCAGGGAUAUCGACACCAUUCAAUGCGUCCACGAGUACUUUCGUACUUUGGUAGGGGCUCUCGCCGCUAGGUUCGCGGACGACGGCUUCAAGACAGUGGCCGCCCUGCUCGAUGAGCGUCGUGGAGCUUGGAGGGCGUUUGAGGGGCCCGUCUUUCCCAACAAUGUCCAGUUCAACCCGGAACUUCACAUGACGAGUCCAGAACCUGAGGUCAUCUGCAACUUCAUCAACUGUCUUGCUGCCUCUGGAAUCACCCUGAUCGACGAGUUACUCAGGCUGGAUAUUAAAGAGUGCAAGACCUUUUUCGAUCAUCUCUACGACGAGAUGGCGAUACAAACUCCCAUGAUGGCUCCCAGAAGUAGUUCCCAUCCGACCAUCGACAGAUAUUACAACCCAGUCAUUCCAGAUGAUGGUUUAUGGGCAGAACUCAGAUUCCGCUUCCAUUUUGCUCAAGGACCCGAAGCCCUUGUCCAAGCGUAUAUACGGAUGUAUCAACAGCGAGCAUGGGCCUUUUUCGAUGACGAAAGGCUGUUUGAGGACGGUAUCAAUUUUUGCGACUUCCAAGACUUCCAGGCACGCGCAUCAAGAAUGGACACGGAAGGAUACAGUUCUCGCCCUUCAAGACGGCAACAUCUCUCCGCCAUGAAGAUGGGUCAAUCACCCAGUCCUCACCGCGAGGAUCUUGAGCGUGGCGUCGAAUACUACCCGACACUCGAAAGGGUAUUAUUCUGGAACGAGAUCGACAACAUCCAACGUGAGCCUGUACUGGUGGUCAAGGAUGAGCUCUUUCAAGUGAACAACGACGAGGUCAUAUCAGAGUCUGACGAUGGCGAAAUCGAGCAAGAGGCCGAGGGAGGACACAUUAAGGGAGAAUGCCCGGGGAACGAUUUUCUUGAUGAGGACUUGGAAGUGAACGGACUCGUGGCAGCUCAGCCAUAUUGUCCAGUUCAUAUGAGGGAAACAGCUUGA